AAUCUUUAGUAUCACUUUAUCGAUGGUUCGAGUUUGUACGUUAGCGUUUGUGAUUUUGUCAAUGAUUAACACUUGCGCGUGCAAAUUAAUUAUCUGAAAAAUUAGAAAUGAGAAAGCCUCCUUUACGGACACUUUAACGGACGAGUUUUAGGGGACAGAGAAACGAAACUCCUCAAAUUCGGCAACGAAAGGCUUUGCUUUUCUGUGAAUGAAAGUUUUUAGAGCGGCUUAAUAUGAUUACAUUACGUGGAACUAAAAAGGACAAUGAUAUAACAAAUUCAAAGAACAACAAUAGACGAGUUUCAAUACGUGAUAAAUUACUUAUUAAAGAGGUGCAAGAGAUGGAACAGACAUUGCCAAUAACUUGUCAAGUCACAUUCAAAGACCCACAUUGUCUACAUGAAUUUAUACUGUUAAUUAUACCAGAUGAAGGAUACUGGGUCGGUGGUCAUUUUUAUUUUCAAAUUUAUAUAACAGAGGAAUAUAACAUGGCGCCCCCAGUAGUGAAAUGCUUAACAAAAUUAUGGCAUCCUAAUAUAAGUGAGGAUGGUGAUGUAUGUCUUUCCAUUUUAAGACAGAGUAGCAUUGAUGGAUUAGGAUGGGCACCAACUCGCAAACUAAAAGACGUUGUAUGGGGUAUAAAUUCUCUCUUCACUGAUCUCUUAAAUUUUGACGAUCCUUUAAACAGAGAUGCAGCAGAUUUAUUUAUUAAGGACAAAGAAUCCUUUCGAAGUAAAGUUAAAGAUUAUGUAAUGCAAUAUGCAAAUAGAUGAUUUAUAUUGUAACGUUUUAAAGCAAGACUAAUUAUGUACAUUUAUCAUAUUGGUUUGAUGCCCUUUUUGAGUAAACGAGUUAAAAACUUGCUCAAAUCUGCUUUAGAUGGAUAUAAUUUAAUUCAAUUUAAUAUUUUGCUAGUCUUCUUUUGCCUGAAAGAGAUUACUAUAAUUUUCAAUUUUAUAUAAUUAAAUUUUCGGGUUGUUAUCGAGUGGAAUUAUAUUCAUAUACACAUUAUAAUCUCUCUAUAUAUAUAUGAAGAAAUUGUAAAUGUAUAAACAGGAUUAAAAAUGCAUCACAUGUACAAUAAUAUUCUUUCUCUCCAUGAGACAUAAUGUAAUGUUUCAUCAGGACAUCUGUAAAUAAAAUGGGUGUUUAAUAAUACUCAAA